AACUGGUUUUUUAUCUUUUACAAAAUUAGCAUGACAAUUACAUAACAUUUAAUAGGUUUUGUUUAUUUUUUUUCCACAAAUCAUGCUUUAAAAUGGACGAAGUCCUGUUCCGCGGCUCCCAAAAAAUCGAAAAUUUACAGGUUCAACUCAGCUUAGCUGCAAUCAAUAGCAAAGAAAUCCUCCACCAGUAUUCCCAGCAAAGCAAGACUGCACUUUUACAAGCAUGGAACAGUUCUUAUACACAACAAGCCAAAGCAAGUUUACGCGAAUUAUGGCAAUAUUUCGUCGAUUUAGGCGAAAGGGUGCAAACAAACCUUUUGGAGCACCUUGACCCCGAGAAACUCUACUACAAUUUGGUUAAAGUGCUUUGGAAAAAAUGGACAAAAAGGGACUUUUGCUUUCUGUGUGCAGGUUUUAUCUGUGGAAGCAUUGUAGGCGUAGUUUUUGCAAUCUCUAUUAAGAAGAAAGAGUCAGUAAUACGGUACAUGCAAGCAGUCCAGUGUACAAAUUAUUUAGGUAUUGAGUCAGCUACUGUUGUUGAAAACGCUAGAGCCCCCGAUGUUUGUAGGGAAAACGAUGUUAUAAUUAGCGUAAAAGCGGCCUCAAUUCACGUAAUUGAUGCACAAAUCUGUAGCGGUUACGGCCGGACGUUGCGUAAAAUCCUCCAAAAAAUAUACAAUAAGCAUUCGAAGAAGGGAUUACCGGUGACUUUGGGGCGCGAUUGUGCAGGAAUUAUCUCAGACAUAGGCUCAAACGUAAAAAGACUAGAAGUAGGGGAUGAAGUCUGGCUAACAGUCCCGUUCUGGGACGUAGGAACUCUGUCCCAAAGUGUGAUUGUGCCAGAAUUCCGGAUAGGUCGUAAGCCAAAAAACAUAGGAUAUGAGGGUGCUUGUAGUCUUCCAUAUGCAGGGACUGUGGCAUUAAAUGCACUUAAAGAAGUUGACAUCAGCCAAGAAAAUGCACAAGACAAGAAGGUUUUGAUUAUAGGGGGGUGCACCCCCGUAGGCUGCGUUUUGAUCCAGAUUUUAGCCCACUGGAGUGCUAAUGUCACCACCACUUGUACCAAAAGAGCAGUGCCAGUGGCCAAAGCCCUGGGGGCUGACGAUAUUAUCAUUUUUCCACCGGAAGAUAAUGACAAAUCUAACGAAGGUGUGGCUGCAUUUUUGAAAGAACUCGAAUUGCGCGAUAAAUUUGAUUGUAUCAUCAUGACAAGAAGUUGCGAUUUGAAAAUAAAGGAGCUCGAUUUUUUUUCGCAAAAGGGGAUCGUGUCCACGUUGCCGGAAGAACGCCAAUCUGACUCUUGUGGUUUCCUUGGGGAAACUUUACUGGGGACUUACAUUUAUCUAAAGUCAAUAAUUGAGAAAAUUUUGGGGCUCUCCCUGAACGAUUACGAUGAAGGCCAUAUGUGUUAUGUAACCUUGGAUGAAUUGUCUGAAAUGGUCGAAAAUGGGUUUCUUCAGACAGUUGUUGAUAAAGUCUUUCAUCCCCAAGAUAUCGAAAUUGCCUUGAAUCAUAUUCAGUCAGAUGAUUCCAUAGGCAGCACUGUCAUCACUUUUAGGUAAAAUUUAUUUUAGACAAACUGGAGAUUGUUUAGUACAAAGUAAUUGUAAUAAAGUGGUAAUAACUGUCGUAAAACAAAUUUUAGUAAGUAUGGCAUACAUUAUGAAUUAACAUUUCCUACAAAACUGUGCCUUUUUGUACUGCCAGUAAUAAUUUAUUUAAGACUUAUUGUUUAUAAAUGGAUGUAUGACAUAAUAAAUCAGUUGUUAGCAAUAUU